AUGCCGCGACAGUCAAGUCGGUUCGACUGGGCUCAUUCAUCGAUAUUUCGUUGCUUUCACGUCUUAUUCUGGUGGUGGCUGAAUCCAAUACUUUCUUUGGGAUACAAACGUGAAUUAACAGAUGAAGAUCUUGAUGAUUUGUCACUGAACGAUCGCGGUUCCAUACUAUUAGAUAAGUUGAAUUAUUAUAGUGACAAUAACAUUUGGUUAACGAAUACAACGACAUGGUAUAUCAUUUUGCGUGCAUUUUGGAAACAAUGUGUUUUUGUAAUAUUUCUUUUGUUACCAUACAAUGCGUCACGUGUAGCACAACCACUUCUUCUUCGACAAAUUGUAUUAUAUAUAAUUGAUGAAAAAGGUCAAGCUUACACUGGCUAUUUGUAUGCGUUGGGCUUAUUUGCAUGUUCCGCAAUUCAGGCUUUUCUUCAUCAACAAGCUUAUUUUCGAACCACACGCAUGGGCAUGCGCGUUCGUAAUGCUUUAUCAGCAACAAUUUAUCGACGCUUACUGUCCUUGAGUACAGCUUCUUUACAGCAGUCGACUACGGCAGCACAGACAAUUAAUUUAGUUGCUAAUGAUGCCAGUAAAUUCGAAGAGUUUUGUCAAUACAUGCACUACCUUUGGGAAGCACCUCUGCAAGCUCUAAUUGCAUUUGGUUUGAUAUGGUGGUCGGUGGGAAUAUUACCGACAUUGUUUGGUUAUGGUGUACUUCUUCUUUUAAUACCUUUGCAAUUAGCUUUUGGUCGACAAUUCAGUCGAUAUCGAAAAACAACAAUGGCAUGUGCAGAUAAACGUGUACAGGCUGUCAACGAACUAGUCAAUGGAGCUCAAAUCGUGAAAAUGUACAAUUGGGAAAAAUCAAUGGAACAACGUGUCAUGAAUUUACGACAGAAUGAACUAGCCAGUAUUCUUCGUGCUAGCCGCUUACGAGCAAUUAAUAUGGGUUUAUAUUUCUCUUCGUUGCCAUUAAUUUCUUUGGCAACAUUUGGUGGUUAUUGGCUAAUGGGUUACGAAUUGAAACCAGUUGAUAUUUUUACUGCUUUGACAUUUUUUGGUUUGAUCCGAGUCCCCGUUACCAAUUAUUUGCCAGUCGCUAUCGAACGCUAUGCUGAAAUGAGAGCUGCCUCGAAACGUAUUGACGCAUUUAUGCGACUAACGAAAUUAGAAGAGCAUCCGCCGUCAAAUAUUCAAGGAGAAACAACAAUGAUAUCAAUGAAUAAUGCGUCAUUUCGAUGGACAGAAACAAGUUGUCUAACAAAUAUUACUAUCAAGGUUGAAAAAGAUUCAUUGGUAGGUGUAGUAGGGCCUGUUGGAGCAGGUAAAUCUUCAUUAUUAUCUGCCAUCUUGGGUGAAAUGACACUAAUCAACGGAGAUUUUCAAGUAUUUGGUUCGUUUGCAUAUGCAUCGCAAACACCAUGGAUAUUCGCUGAUACAAUUCGUGCAAAUAUUCUUCUCGGUAAACCAUUUGAUGAACAACGCUAUAUGAAUGUUAUUCAGGCUUGUUGUCUUGAUGCUGAUUUUGUUGCAUUUGGUGAAACUGGUGAUUUAACUAUCGUUGGUGAAAAAGGUGUUAAUGUUAGUGGUGGACAGAAAGCACGCAUUGCAUUAGCGAGAGCUCUAUAUACUGAUGCUGAUAUUUACCUAUUGGAUGAUCCACUAGCUGCUGUUGACCAUGAAGUCGCUCGACGCAUCUACGAUGAAUGUAUUGGGCCUAAUAGUUUAUUGAAACAUAAAACUCGCCUCCUCGUCACCCAUCAAACNGUUUCAAGAUCGAACUAUUUUAACUAUUGCUCAUCGACUGAAUACUGUUGCGAAAAGUGA